AUGAUCGUGUUUGUUAUCCCCAUCAAGUUUGCACUGCUCUUUAAAAUUGGAAAUGUUCUCACUAUUGGAAGCACAGCCUUCCUCAUGGGACCUGAGCAACAGAUAAACAUGAUGUUGGAUCUUGUUCAUAUCUACGCUACCUUUAUCUAUGCCGGAUGUGUCCUUCUUGCACUCAUUUGCGCUCUCUUGAUUCGAUGUUACGGGCUACGUGACUGGCUUUGGUCAUCCAGACUGGGUCAGAUCCCAUGA